AACAUUUAUCCACAAUGGAGUUUUGAAUCAACAUCUUAUUGCUUGAACAGUAUAUUUUGAUCAAGUACAGUAAAUAUGCCCCUUGGGCCAUUUGGAGAGGUGGUGGGGACCACCAACACCCUAGAGGCCCUUGGUCCAGAUGCUGCCAAUUAUAAAAGUAAAGUGAUUGCUCCAAGAAAUCCAAAACUGCUUAAAGGAGAUGAAGAAGAAAAUAAGAUGACACCUAGUCAGUUCAUGUUUGACAUGCAGAUGGACACAGAGCAAAAGUUGGCUAAUACUCAUACCAUGAAAAUACCAAGGAAAGUUGAACUACUUGAUAUGGCAGACACAAGUCUUCAAAAGUUUUCACAAGUGAAUAUUGAUGAACCAAUGUUCCAGCCAUACCCAUCAGAAGUAACAUUCCAGAAUUUUGAGCCAUAUCAAGUAUAUGAAGUGCCUCUGAUCCUUAGAAACAAUGACAAGGUACCCAGAUUAGUAAAGGUAACACAAGCAGAUUCCCCAUACUUCAAAGUAAUCAGUCCACAUGAUGUUGGACAUAAAGUAGGACCAGGACUACCCACAACAUUCAGAAUUCAAUUUAAACCUGAAGAAAAAAAGGACUACAACCAUGAACUAGUAUGUAUAACAGAACGAGAGAAGUUUGUGGUACCAGUCAGAGCUAUUGGAUCCAGAGCUGUCUUAGAUUUCACAGACAACAUUCACUUCCCACCUGGACCUGUUAAAUAUGCACACUCUAGGACAUACCUAGUUAGAAACAUAGGAAACAUGGAGGCCAAGUUUACACUGUCUACUGAAAAACCCUUCUCAGUUACACCAGAAAUAGGAACAUUACCUGUACAAGAGAGCAUGCAAGUAACAGUAGAAUAUAAUCCACAAAAGACAGGGGACCACAACUCUGAACUUGUUGUUAGCUAUGAUACAGGAGAAAAUGUGUAUAUAAGUCUUUAUGGUGCUGCACAGAAUUCUAGUGUAAGACUUGACAAAAACACAAUAAAAAUGGAGAACACCUACAUUUCAAUGGCCAAUCAGAGAACUGUUACCAUACACAAUAGGUCAGAUGUAAUAUGUCACUUCAGGUGGACAAAAUUUUCUACACAGGAACAAGAAGAUGAAGAAAAGGCUUUAGCCAUAAGUGCAGUUCAGAGGGAUGAGAAUAAUGACAAGAAAAGUUUCUGGGAGGAGGUGAUGAAAGAUCCUACAUUACAAGACAAAGUAUCCAUUCUCACUCGAACAUUCCACAAUAAAAAAAUGGUUAUUGAUAAAGACUCUAUGUUGUUUGAUGACCAAGAACUAAAAAUAGAACCUGUGGAGGGUGAUAUCUGGCCAAACACAUCAUUUGACAUCAAUGUCAUUUUCAAACCAAGAGAAUCCAAGAGUUAUAUACUAACAGCUUUCUGUGAUGUAACUGGACGUGAGACAUUUUUACCACUGAGAAUAAAAGGAGAGGGAAUUGGACCAAGUGUGAAAUUCUCCUUUGACACGUUAGACUUGGGAAAUAUUUUUAUUGGCUCUAAACAUACAUAUGAAAUUAUUCUAGCCAAUCAUGGUGACAUUGAUGCUAUUUAUAGUGUUCUACCAAAACAUACAAUAUUUGGACCAUGUUUCCAGUUUGAUCCUUCAGAAGGAAUUGUUAUGCCAGGAGGUCAUCAGGCCAUUGCUAUUAACUUUACUAGUCCAUAUCUUGGCGAUUUUGAGGAAACAUUUAGUUUUCAAGUUGAUGGACAACCUGAACAAAUCCAAGUCAAAUUUUGUGGAACAGUGAUAGGUCCAACAUUCCAGUUUGAUGUCCCUCGCCUCAAAUUUGGAACUAUAUCAUAUGGUUUCUUAAACACACAGUCCUGUACCUUAAUGAACACAUCAUUGGUUCCUAUGAAGUUUACAUUACGAGUACCAGGGGAUGGCAUAGCAGAGAGCAUUUGUGGGACAAGUGAUUUAGAUAGCAACAGAUCCCAAAUGGGAUCUCCCGCCCCUAUUGCAGCCAGAGCUGGACCGCCAAAGGAAUUUGAAAUACUGCCAGAAUCUGGAAUACUUCAGCCCCAAAGUGAAGUCAGAAUCACUGUUAACUUUAUCUCAAACACAAUCAAGAAAUAUGAAAUGAACUUAGUUGUUGAUGUUGAAAAUGUUGGAGAGGAAAUCCUUUCACUGCCAAUUUAUGCAAAGUGUGUUGUCCCACCAAUAACAGUAUUGAGUCCAAUAUUAGACUAUGGGCGAUGUUUCCUAAGACAUCCAUAUGAACAUUCUGUUAAGCUUCAUAAUGACACGGAUUUACCUGCGAAAUAUGAACUUUUAACCCAAGCUGUGAAUGAAGAUACUCCUAUUACAUACACCAGUCCUAAAAUGAAGGGUAUAGUAGAACCCCAUUCUCUGACUGAAGUACCCAUGAUAAUCCAAUCCCAGAUGUUAGAUGAACAGGAUAUUAUAGGACAGUUUGCCAUAUUUGGUAGUCCUGAUCCACCACUGCCUGUACAUAUAGCUUGCAUUGGUGAAGGACCCGUAGUUCAUAUCUCACCGCAGAGUAUAGACUGGGGAAUUGUUCCUGUUCUUUCAGAAAGACCUAUGAAAGUUGUUUUAUCUAAUGAAUCGCUCAUUCCUGCCAAGUUUACAGCACAUAUGGUCCGACCAAAAUCUGCUUUCCGUGUUGAACCCCAAGAAGGUGAAAUUGGACCAGAGAAAAGAAUGGAGAUUACUGUCACUGCUAACUUGGAUGAUUGUGUCAGAUUCCAAGAUAAACUACAAAUAAAUUUCAUUGAGAGCCAAGUACGACAAAUACCUCUGGUUGGUUAUGGACAGGGAACAACUAUUGUAUCAGAACCAAAACUGACAUCAACAUUUGACUUAGGACCAAACUUUAGUAACAGACCAUUGAAGAAGACAAUUAUGUUGACAAACAAAGGGAGACGACACCAACAAUUAGUUUGGAGUACAGAUGGAUUUCCAUCUCUUGGCAAGGGCAAGAAAGAUCUAGCAGCUUACAAACCUCUCGACAUGAAAUUUAGGAAUGUACCUCCUCCCCAAGAACCUCCCAGACCAGUAUUUAAAAUAAAUCCUAACAGAUUUGAUCUCCCACCAGGAACAUCUAUGGAAAUGAACAUUGAAGGAUUUGUUGAAAGUCCCCGGUAUGUUAAAGAGAGACUACUAUGUCAUGCUAUCAUAGGUAGACAAGGAGGAAAGGAACUGAUCAUGAGAGUAGACCUAUCUGCUGACUUCAUCAGCCCUCUGUUAGAAUUCUCUACAAAAUCUGUCUACUUCAGGGUUGACAAGAAACCAGAUGAUGAGUUGUCCCUACAGACCAGAGAACUGAAGAUAAUGAAUGUAUCAACAUUACCACUUACAACUGGUCUUCAAUUAAAAUAUCCCUUCCAGAUUAUACAAGAUGAUGGGUCAGAAACUUCUGAAAUGGAAGUACACUUGGAUGUUGGGAAGGAUUACAUGUUAAGGAUACAGUUUGACCCUGCCUAUAAAGAGGAUUUACAUAUCAGAACUAUUGAUGAAAUUUUACAUGUUACUUAUAAAGAACAUCCUCAUAUUGAUUAUAUUGCACUGAGAGGUGAAGUCUACUUUCCAAAUAUAGACUUUGAGAAGAGUGUUGUAGACUUUGGCUGUAUUUUGAAUGACACAGAAGUGACUAGAUACAUUAACAUUACCAAUAACAGUCCAAUGGAGGUCCACUACAAAUGGUCCUUUUUGAUUGGAGACCAGCCUCUAACAGAGUUCAGAGCACCAGCUAAACCUACCACAUUUUUGGAAGAGAUUAAAGAGGAAGAGGAAGCCGGGGGUGAAGGUGAGGCUAAGAUUGAAGUUUUGGUGUCACAGCCUACUGAAGAGCAACUGAAUGUUGAUGAAAAGUCAGAAGUGGAAUCUACAAAGGAGGAAGAAACUCCAAAAGAAACAGAGGAACCAGUUCAAGGUGAACAAGAAAUAAUUAAAGAACCUGAAACCCAAGAUGACAUCAGCGAUAACAGAAUGGCCCCAGAUAGUCCUAGGGGUAGUCAACAUGGUGGUAGUCCCAGGGAGGAUGAGGACCAGUUAGAAAAGGGACAAUUGGAAUCCCAAGAGGCACCAGAGGGAGGACUAGACAAAAAUAAAACUGAAGAUACAAUGUUAAGUCUAGCAUCUUUGAGGGACAUUGUAUAUGAAGAAGAUCCAUUGAAGACAAACAGAGCUUUAAGUCAGCUUCUUGAAGAUACAGACUCAGCAGAGGAAAUUGGGAUUGAAGAGGUCUUUGACAUUUUGCCCCUAUAUGGGUACUUACAACCCGGUGACACAGAACAAGUAACCAUGACCUUUUAUGGACAUGCAAAUAUCUGGGGUCAAGUGAAGGCCAUUUGUGAAAUUAAAGGAGGCCCAACCUAUGAAAUCAUGCUGACAGGAGAGGCUUCUCUGGUAGAUUACAAGUUUGAUUGUAAAGAGAUUGACUUUGGUAAACAGAUGUAUGAUCAUGUGGCAUCAGCAGAAAUUAAACUUAUAAACACUGGAAAAGUUGGUUUUGAUUUCUGUGGCAUUGGUAUGGAUCCUGCUCUAGCUAAGAAACCCAAGCCAGGAUCACCUAUUAUGGUACCACAUGCCGGUUAUAUUGAACCAAUGAGUGAACAGACUUUGGUUGUUAAAUACUUACCUGGUGCACCAGAGGACUUUAAGAAAAGUUUUGUCAUCCAAGUGGCUCACUUUGAACCAGAUGUGAUCACUAUUAGUGGUACUGGAGUAUUCCCCAGGAUAUCACUUGAUCUACCUCGUACUGUGGACUCGGAAGGACACUAUGAUCAAUUAGUACAAAAUGCCAAGGAUAACCUGACUAAGAGUGGGAAGAUCAAACUUACAGAGAGGGCCCAUACACCAGUUCUGCCUUCUUCCAAUAGAUUACAGCCAGAAAUAAUGGCUCAGGGAGACAUUAUUGCUCAACCACAUGAGAUAGAUAUACAAAUGGAAGUAGAGAACCUCACUGUCAAAGAAUUCUCCCAUGAGCUUUCUCAACAUACAUCACGACCAGAUCUGUAUGAUCCAGCACCUCCAGACAGUAACGAAACUAGGGAUACACAGACUGAACAUAAACCCAAAAAGAAAAAAAUGAAACCUAGACUACCAGAGUAUGUUUUGGACUUUGGAUAUGUGGUUCUGGGAACAGUAAAGGACCAUAUUGUAAAGGCCUCUAACACUGGAUGGUCACCAGUCUCAUUCCAAGUCGAACAUGAUGACAUUCAUCACUAUGGUUUCCAUGUAGAGUUAGAUAAAGUAAAGAACCUACCAGGAGCACCUGACCAUGAGACAGUUGUAUUCAAUGUCAACUUUGACCCACGUGGUGCUAACUUGUCCCUGGGUUCUGUAGAAACUGUUGUCAAUAUUAAUAUUAUCAAUGGCCCCAUCAUUCCAAUCAGACUAAAGGCCAAUGUUACCAUGCCAGAUAUGGAGAUUUCUGAGGAUACUUUAGACUUCUCAGAUGUUAACUGUGGGGAAUGUAAAGUCAUUACUGUACAGCUGUACAACAGUCAACAUGUCAAAUGUGAAUGGAACUCUAAUCCAACAGAGAAAGACAGAAAGGCUGACAAACAUGUCCCGAUGCAUUUAAGGAGAAAGAUGAAGAAUGAGAAACAGAAACCCAGACAUUUUGAGAUAAUGCCUCCUACUGGUGUACUGAUGCCAGGUCAAAGGCUAAAUGUACAAGUUAAAUUUAUGCCUACUGAAGAGAAAUUCUAUGAACAAAGAAUACCGAUAAGAAUUGCCCAAAGUAGUCAGAGAAUACUAUUGUUGUGUAGAGGUCAGGGACUUGAGCCAAGGUUAGAGUUUGAAAAAAGUCUGGUAGAAUUUGGUCCCAUUCUACCACACAGUGUUGGAGAUGAACAAGAAAUCACAAUAAAGAAUCCUUGUAGUUAUCCAAUUGAAUUCUAUAACUUGGAGUUUGAUUCACAGUAUUUGGAAGAAGAAAAGGUUUUGAGGUUAAUGAAAGGUUAUGAUGAAUACAACACAAUCUUACUUCCUCCAAGAAAUUCAGGAGAUAGGCUUCCACAUGAACUUCUAGAUUAUUAUGAUGAACAAAUGAAGAAGCUUGAGGAGUCAGAACGUGCCAGAAAAGAGGCUCUAGAGGCUGCUGAAGCUGCUCGUAAGGAACUGGAUGAUGGAGAAGGUAGCGAGGGUGAUGAUAAAGAUGAUUCUGAUGAGAGGACAGAGGCUGCUCCUGGUACAUCACGUCUUGGAUCAGAACCAGCGGGAGAUCUUUUAGAUUCAGCCAGGAAAGAAGAAAGUGAUGAAGCACAAGACUCAGCUAGCAGUAUAGGUGUAGGAGAACUAGAAAUAACACCUGUAUCAGCUGCCAUUGCUAGACAUCUGGGUAUUGAUCUGAGUCCUGAGGGGAAAGCUGCUCGCAACAGAAGGGGUAUUUGUGUCAUUGUACAUGGAGCUCCUAUGUCAGGAAAAACUAGUACAGCUAUUUCACUGGCGAAGAAAUAUGAAGCUGCCAUUUUAACAGUAGAUCAGAUAGUUGUAGAUGCUAUAUCCAGUGGAAAUACACCAUCUGGUAUGAGGGCUCGUGCUCUUUGUCAGGAGGCAGCCAGGAAGAGGCUUGAGGAGCUUAAACUAUUAGAAGGAGAUGAAGCUGAAAAGAAACCAGGUGGACUUAGCAUUGAGCAACUAACAGCUCACACACAGGGAACAACCAGUAGCAUUGGAGUCCCACAGGCUACUUCUGUCAUUUCCAAUCGUAAAACAAGUACCGUUUCAGACGUGAAAGGAAAGGAUAAACACCACCAGGGAAGCUUAGCUGGAGCAAAGACUGGCAUCAACACUUCUUCUAUUGAUGGUGCAACUGGAAGUCAGGUACCUAGCAGCCCUCCACCUCUUGCUGCCCCAAUUGCUCGAAGAUUAAGUGUAAGUGCCAGUGUUGCUGGAGAAGAAGGCUUGAUGAGCUGUGUGCUCCCAGAAGAUCUGUUAGUAGAGAUACUAUCUGAACGUCUCCAACUCAAUGACUGUCACCGUGGAGUGGUGUUUGAUGGACUUGAGACUUUGUUUGCUCAGAACCUGUAUACCACAGCUCACGCUAUUCUGAGAUCACUUAACAAUAGAAGAUUUAUUUACUUUAUUUCACUGAAAUUAGAUUAUGCCAAAUUAAAAGAACAAGAGAAGAAAUUUCAGGAAGAAAAAGAGAGAGCUAAACGACUUGCCGAGGAACAGGAUCGUAUUCGUCUGGAGGAAAUGUCAGAAGAUGAGUAUGAUGCUCUCACUGAAGAAGAGAAAGCUGCCGUGGACAGAAAGAGACUGGAUAUUAAGAAAGAAAGGAUAAGAAAAGAGAUGGAAGAGAGAAUGGAAAGAGAACGUAUAGAAAGAGAAAGAGAAGAGGAACUCAAAAGAAUUCAGGAUGAGGAAAAAUCUAAGAAAAAAGGAAGGAAAGGUCCAGCCAAAGAAGAAGGUAAACAAGAUGGAAAGAAAAGUGCAGCUCCUACAGGGCCAGCUGGAAAGAACAGUAGUAUGGACCGUGUCACCAAAGGUAAAGGUGGUAAAGACGAUGACCACCAUGCUGGUAAACAGGCAUCACAAAUAGAAAGGCCAGAAUCACAUCAAACAGAGAAGAGUGACUCUAAUGUUGAUGAUGGAAAGAAAGGAAAAAAGAAGGAUGGUAAGAAAGAUGGAAAAGAAAAAGGAGACAAAGAGAAAGUUGAUGUUUCAGCUGAAGAACAACCAAAAGAAUUACCAAAGGAAUCUGACAUUCUUCUGAUGCAGAGAUUCCGUACAUUUGAGCAUGGUCAAAAGGACAUCAAUGAGAUGCUUGAAUUCUGGGACAGAACAACCUUGUCACUAAGGAGACCUCCAACUCCAUCAGAAAAAUCUGAGGAAGAUCAACAACAUCAUCCACAGUCAGGCAAAUCUAAGGGAAAGAAAGGAGAAAAGCAUGAUAAAGACAAAGCAGAAAAAGAAAGACAAAAACAGUUACAGAAAGAAAAUGAAGAGAAGGCAGCAAAAGAGGCUGCUGCAGCACAAGAAGGGGGUCAAGAACAAGAGAUGGUCGUGGAAGAGAAAGAGGAUGAUGGGAUAGGCCUUCCACAUAUUGUUGUUGACUGUUCAGACAAAUCCACACCUAUUUACCAGAAAGUUAUUGGAUGUGGCAAAUUCCCAAGUAUGGAGGAGGUAUUAGAUGGUCUAGGUAUGGGACCAAAAGGACCACCUGUACCCCCACCAGCUGAUUUUAGUGUAAUCCCAUAUCCAGUAAAGAGAAAAGCACCUCCUGUCAGUGAAUUUGGUGGUAGAUAUAUAUUCAUUGCCUCAUCGGCUGAUGAUCCAAAUGUUGGUGUACCUGAAAGCAGUGGUACAGAACCUGAGGAAGAGAAAUCUGUGACCCCAGACAAAGGUAAAGAGGACCACACCACACCCACUAAGGGUAAGGCUUCUAAGGACAAAUCUGGAGGAAAAGAUACAGCCAAAGGAGAAAGGAAGAAAAGUGCAGAGAGAAAAUCAACAUCAAAGACAGAGAAAAGACGUCCAUCUGUUAAUGUACAAUCUCCACCGCCAGGGGCAGUAACUCCUGUCUCAGAUGGCGAUAAUAUCAGUAUGUCAGGGGAUGGGAUGGCUGUUGGAGAUUCCAAAACUCCCAAACUGACAAUAUUCCGCUGGAUUGUACCUGCUAAUGGAGAAGUUGUGGUACGUCUACGUUUCCAGUCAGAAGAACUUGGUCAGUUUGAUCAGACCCUGAACUUUGAGAUUGUAGGCACACGUCGUAGAUACCAGUUAUUUUGUAGAGGAGUGUGUGCAUUCCCAUCCAUUAGUAGAGAGCCAAGAAUUGUUUUCCCAAGUCGUAAGAAGACCAAGAAGACAAACGAAAUUUGUCAUAAGAAAUAUAUCUUAGGCACAGAAACAUUUGAAUUUGGACCCCUAUUGAAUUCAAGACCAAGAACUGGAUACAAAGAAGGCAAACAUCCAGCAUACAUGGAAGAAUUAAAUGUAACAAAUACAUCUCCACUGGAGGCUGAUAUCAGCUUCUGCUUCUUCAAAGACAGUAAGAGUGAAACAUUCAUUCUAGAACCACCAAAUAUGUGUCUUAAAUCUGGAGAGAGCCAGAAGUUAACAAUUUGGGCCUACCCAUGUAAAGUAGGCAGGAUUGAUGAUUCUAUUGUCUGUUGUAUCAGAGAGAAUCCAGAACCAGUUGUUUUUAAGAUAGCAUGUGAUUCAUUUAAUCCUGAACUUGAUUUGAAUACCAAGGACUUCAGAUUUGAAUCUGUUAGAUUGUAUAGAAAAGAGAUAAGAACAAUUCACAUGAGGAACAACACACAGUUACCAGUGGUAUGGAAGGUGACGGGUAUUGAACAAUUAGGUGAUGAUUUUACAUUGUCAGCUGAUCAUGGUGUUAUAGACCCAUUACAGGAAUACCCACUCCAUGCUUACUUCAGAGCCAUGAAACCUCUAAAUACAACACAACAGAAGAAAAUCAGAUUAGAGAUACAUGAUCAAGAAGGUGUUCAUCCAUUGUCCACAGAAAAUCUGACUGUACAUUACGAACCUUAUGAUAUCAGUGUCGAUAUGAGUUUUAACAACAAGGGAGACCAUGGAUCAGAUGGAGGUGGCCUUGACCUUGGCAUUAUACAUGUUGGUGAAGAAAAGAAGUGUACUUGUGCCUUGAAAAACAGAGGGAAAUAUGAUGUUGGAUAUAAUUUCAUCAAGAAGGACUGUGACCCAGCCAAUCCUAAUGCUGCUUCUCUGUUUACCAUUACUCCAGAAAAGGGUACUCUGGUCUCUGCUGAUAGACCAACACAACCUACUAUAAUAUUCAAAUCUGACAAGGAACUAGUCAUCAAAGAUCAACCAAUACUUAGCUGCCAGGUUAUUGACUUGAAAGUUGGUGACGAGGGAGAAAUUAUUGGUGUUAUACCAAUCAAAGUAUCUGCUAAAGUGUUGUUCCCUAAGUAUGAGAUACAGCCAGCUAAUGAUAUUAACUUUGGCGCAUUACUCAUCAAUAAUAAGAAGGAAGGCCAGAGUAGAUUUGAAAUUCACAAUCGUGGAGAGUUUGAUUUCAAAUUCAUCAUAUCUAAGAUGCAAAAGGAAGACAAACAAGCAGGUGGCCGUGGAAAUCGUCCCCCUGUGAAGGACAGCAAACGAAGCAAAUCUCGGGAUGGAUCAAGUUCAGGAAGAUCUGUAGCUAAGCCUAAGAAAACAGACUCUGUCAGAGCCGAAGGUGGAGCUGCUAGGCAACAGUUUGGAAUGUUUAUUGUCUCCCCUACCAGUGGAACUGUCAUUGUAGGUGGCUCUAUAACUAUCAAUGUAGAUUGUAUCACAGAACAAGAGGGAAGAGGAGAUGAGGAAAUAUGUAUUGAUGUAGUUGACAGAGAUCCAAAUGACCAUCCAGGUGGUAUACCCUAUAGACUGUUAGCUGAAGUGUGUAUUCCUUCAAUCAGUAUCAUAGAACAGAGGUUUAUUGGUUCUAUCUUUGAAGAACAUAGAAUUGUCAAAAAUCUCAGCAUUUGGCAGCAUAGUAAUCAGGGAGAUCUCUACACUGAUGGUGGAGUUUAUGCUGAGGAUGAGAACAAAUUUAUAUUUAACAAUGUAAUCAUAGGACGUAAAGCCAAGGCUAGGUUUAAGAUCUGUAACACAAACAAAGUAAUGUGUGAUGUUGUAUUCUCCGUCAAACCAACCAAUGUCAAAAGAGCUGGACAGAAUCAAGAUAUAUUUGAAGUAGAGCCUUCCAGGGCACAGAUCUCACACCACAGCCAUGUUUAUGCAACUGUGACCUUCACACCACCCUCUAUGCAGAAUUUCACCGCACAAUUUGAGGCUGCUUUAGAUGGUCAGACCAAAGGAAAAUCAUUGAUGUUUGAAGUAGCUGGUGAUGGAAACCUCCCACGGAUCACUGUACAGAAACCCACAAUGAGGAACAAGAUGGGUCAGACUAUAUUACUGUUUAAGAAGAAUUUGAUAGGAAGAACACAGACACUGCCUUUUACAUUGAUCAACGAUGGUACACUACCAAGUAAAGUUGAUUUAGAUUUGAUGGAUCCUGAUAAUGUGUUCAAAAUAAGACCUGGCACUGAUACCAAUGCUGUCAUGGAAAAUGACUAUGAGGACACAAAAAGACCUCAUACAGCCUCUGUAUCUGUAGGUGUAGGUGAGGUGGCUAACUUCAAUGUCAUCUUCAAACCUUCUGCAGUUCAGAGGUCACAAGCUCAUAUCAAACUCACUGUGAUUGAUAAUCAGUAUGAGGACUCAAUUAUUCAAAUGGUUGGCGAAGGUUAUGAAGAUGAGAUAACUCUGGACAAUAUUCAUAGUGUUAGCCAGCCUUUUGAGCAAGAAGUUGUUGGAGAGGAUGGUGCAUUGCCGGAUGAUGAUAUUGCAGCUGCCAAACCAAAUUUGAUCAACUUUGGUGAUAUUUACGUGAAUGAAUCAUCUACGUUGUCAUUCUCAAUGACCAACAACUCCAAGACUGAUGCCUAUCGUUUCCAGUGGCCAGAAAAUGCCAAUUUGAAGUUCUCCCCUACACUGGCACAUCUACAUCCAAAUAGUAGUAAGGAUGUGACUGUUUCAUUCAAGUCAGAUGCUGCCAAAACACUGACAGAACAGGCUAUCAACUGUAAAGUCACAAAGAUCAAAUAUGAUAAACCAAUUGAUCAGAUUGCAGCCUGGGAUGAUAGAAUUAAAACUGUCAAAUGGGUUGAUAUCCCAUCAUCACCACAACCCUCAGAAAGUGGAUCAAAGGCUCCUUUGAGCUCAAGAGGUGCUAAGAAGAAGGUUGUAGAAACAGAACCUGAGCCCACAUUUACAGAUUUCCCUGAUACUAGUAGAAAUGUGGAACUCCUUGUUUCUGCCAAUGCUGAUUUCAGUAAAUUUGGAUGCAAGACUGAGAGUGUUCACUUCAAGGAUACUCUUAUGUUCCAGACAAGAGUUUUUGAAUUUAAUCUAAGUAACAAAGGCAGUAUAAAGAUGGACUACAAUUGGCAAGUGUUAAUGGAAAAUAUGGCUCCAUCAUUAACAAGAGCUGUCACAUUCAUGUCUGAAGGAGAACGACCAGAAUCUCGUAUUGAUGCUGUAGAUGCUAGUUAUAUCCCAUUUAGUGUUGAACCUGAGUUUGGUACCAUAGCUGCUGGAAAGAAACAGAGAUUUACAGUCAAGUUCUCUCCCCUUGAUGUCAAUACAUAUGAAGGAAGACUAAUCUGCACUAUACCAAACUUGGAGAAAGAUUCGCAAGGACCUGUUGUUGGUUUGAAGGGAAAGAGUCUGAUGCCAUAUUGUCAUUUUGAACUUCAAGAUUCAGAUUACAUUACUGGAGCCAGAAGGGACCCUGAAUUACCUGGACCAGGAGAUUCAACCAGGGGAACAACUCUUGAUCCCAACACUCGUGUCAUUGAGUUCAGUUGUGUUGGUAUCAGUGUAAAGAAAACUUUAACAUUUGGUGUCGUUAACCCUACGAACAAGGGGUACAGUUUUGAAUGGAUCUGUGAAGAUAGAAAUGAUGACACAACAAAGAUAUCUCCAUUCAAGUGUGUGACCACAGAAGGUCUUAUCAAAAGUGGAAAGAGAUUCCCAGUAACAUUUGAGUUUACAUCAAUGGAACUGGACACAGUUGAGUCAUUCUGGAGAUUUGUUAUUCCUGACCAGAAUAUCUCUGUACCAUUUUUGUUGGUUGGUAAAGCUAGAGAACCAGAUAUAGCUAUGGACAGGUCUCACAUGAACUUCAAGGCAUUGCUGAUAGGACAUGCAGCAACGGAAAGUGUUUACAUCAUCAACAAUGAAGAUGAGGCUUUCUCCUAUGUUAUGGAACCAGAUUCCUGUCACUCAGCUGGUUUCUCCGCCCACAUUCAGGUGGAACCAAUGACUGGAAUUAUUCCACCUAAAUCAAGGGCACCAAUACAGUUGUAUUUUGCUCCAAAUUCUGACAAGGAAGUAAAUUUCAACAUUGUAUGUAAAGUUAAGAGAAAGGUUACACCAGUUACUCUGAAUGUGAAGGCAGAAGGUUAUUCUAUGAAUUCUACUUUACUGUGUGAGGAUUCUCAAGGACGAGUAGAAGAACUUAUAUGUAAUGGCAUGAAUAUAAUUCGUUUUGGAGAGGUUGAGGUAAAUGAACAACAGAUAAGAAACCUUACUAUCAUUAACUCUGGAAAGUUUAACUUUGACUAUGAAUGGGAGAUGAACAUGAGUUCUCAGAAGAAAGAUAUGGUUUCCAUCACUCCUAACCGUGGUGGAGUUCUCCAUGGGGAGAAGGCAGUCUGCAGACUUGUCUUCUGUCCACCUAGUCGUACAACACUUAAGGAUUGUGAACUUGUUCUUAAGAUUAAGAAUGGGCCAACAUACAGUAUUGGAUUAGAAGGACUGGGAGUAACUCCUGGACUACAUUUCUCUUUCCAAUCCUACAACUUUGGAAAUUGUUUCAUCUAUAAGGCAGGAAUGCCAGAUCGUAAUAAGGUGCUGAAACUGACCAAUAAGGAUAGAAAAGACAUUAGUGUAAAUUGUUUAUAUGUGCCAACCGAUCAUUUACAUCAUAACUUCAAGCCUUGUGUAAUUCCAUCAGGGCAAUCAAUAGAUGUAUUAUUUACAUUCUAUCCAAGGGAGGCAAGAGUGUAUAAAGAACAGAUUAUAUUUGAAAUUAAUGGACUAUCUAGAAACAGUGUUAUGAUUAUUGGAACUGGAACUGAAAUGAAGGUCGAAGUUCCUGCAUCAAUUAUAAACUUGGGAUCACUGGUUGUUGGAGGCAAAUUAAAGAAACCUCCAGUAGUACCUGUUGUCAAUAACAGUCCAGCACCAAUAACAUUUAAACUGGCUCUGACACCCACAACACUGGCUUUACAACAGACCAAUGCUUUGUCUAUCACACCCACUGAGAAUAUAACGCUGGAAGGCAAAGGUGGACAAUGUUCUGUCAUAGUUAAACUUAACAAUAAACACAGAAUUCCACAGUUCACAGAAGAGGUUUACAUGGAAUGUGCUGGACAUUCUCAGCCAUUAUUUGCCAUCAAAGGAUGUGUAUUGGGUAUGGAGAUUAACUUGGAUACCACUGCUAUACCAUUUGGUAGUGUGUUUAAAAAUAGCUCCACUUCAAAGAAGAUUGUAAUGACAAACACUGGAGACAUGAAUGCUAAAUUUACCUGGGAUAUAAAGAGAUUUAGGCCAGACUUUAAUAUCUAUCCUGUAGAAGGCUACAUCACACCUGGUAUGGAAGUCACUUUUGAGGUGACCUUUGAACCAAAGCAAGAGAAAAAGGACAUCAGAUAUGAUAAUUUGCAGUGCUUCAUUGAAGGUGGUAUUCACAAACCAGUGACCUUGACCUUGACAGGAAGCUGUACAGCCAUCAACCCCAGAGAAAGUCAGUCAUUACAUCCUUUCAUGGUUCCAGUUAGAGAGGAAGAUACCAAGACAAUAACUCUGAGAAAUACCACAAACCAGUCUUGGCUUCUACGUCCCAUUAUAACAGGGGACCAAUGGAGUGGACCUACAAGUUUUAAGGUGGAUGCCCAGAAGGCAGAAAAUUAUCCAAUCUCAUACAAACCUGUAAAAAUGACACACGAUGGCAUCAAAGACACAGGAUCCAUAUUUUUCCCAACACCAGAUGGAAGUGGUUUAUUCUGGACCUUAACUGGUACUGCUGAAGCUCCUAAACCAAUCAUACAUAAACCAGUAGAGGUACCUUGUAAAGUCUGGUACACAGAACUUCUUCCAGUUAACAACUGGCUAAAACAACCUCAGAGAUUCAAAGUGACGCGAGAGGAUAUGAAGAAAGAUGCUUCCACAUCUAUUGAACACAUGCACUAUUUAGAUGUACCAGCUAGUGGGUCUAAAGAUUUUAAAUUAGCCAUGUAUUUCUACAAGGAAGGGGCAACACAAAUGAAGAUCACAUUUACUAACGAGAAGUCUGGAGAGUAUGUUGUCUACGACGUGUCCUUCAAAGCAAUCAAACCAAACAUCAUGGGGACUAUAGAUCUUAGUACACCUGUCAGGAAGACAUUGGAACAUAAAAUUACCCUGGAAAACCCACUGGAUACCCCAGUUACCUUCAGUGUCACAUGUCCAUCAGAAAUACAGAUACCAAGUCAGUUUGUUGUACAAAAAGGAUCCAAGCAUGUCUGCACUUUUAGUUAUCUCCCCUUAAAGGUUGGAGAAACCUCUGGUAAAAUAGAGUUUACCAGCAAUGACCUUGGAACUUACACCUAUGAGGUUAAUCUUAAGGCCACACCAGCUGGUCCAGAGAAAGCCUUGUACUUCCACUGCUGCCUGGGAAAUAACCAGGUUUCCAUGGCUAAGUUCCUUAACUUCUCAAAACAAACAAAACCAGAUUACAGCUGUAAGGUGGAUAAUCAUCACAACUUCCAUGUGGAUAAAACUGUUGCUGCUGUUCCUGGUUCUGUAGGUGGAACAGACGUUUCUGUGGAUGUAACCUUUGAACCUUCUCAGUUAGGAGAACAUAAAGGAAUACUGACAAUCAGUUCCCCUACAAGUGGAGAAUAUAUCUUCCCACUGUAUGGAACAUGUGUAGCUGCUAAACCACAAGGACCUUUUAUUAUAAAAUCUGGGCAGACUACCAAUAUUCCAUUUAGAAAUGUUUUCCAUGGACAAACCUCUUUCACUUACCAAGUUGAUAAUGAACUGUUUUACGUAACAAAACAAAGUGACACUGUUCGUGGACCAAGAGAUCAAAGAAUUGGAGUAGGUUUCCAUGGCAAUGAUAGUGGAUCAAAGGCUCAGGUUAUGGGAAAACUAAUUGUCACCUGUCUUAAGUCAGCUGGAGGCACUUCUAAUGCCCAGUGGGUGUUUUACCUAAAAGGUGUAACACCAUAAAGUGCUAACAAUAAUUUCAGCUAAACAAUUUUCCAAAAACUGUGAUAUUUUUUGAAAAUUAGAUUUUUAUGUUUUUAUACUGAUUGUUACUACUUAUUGAUCUUAUUUAUACUGAGAGUUACUACCACAGGUUAAAUCUCUAACAUUCCGUCUAUUUUUACAUUGUAGUUCUUACAUUUAUGAUUAAUUUUACUUAAAAAUUCCGUCCUUAAAAAAUGAUGUAAUUGCAUUUUAUUUAUUUAGUGAAUUAUAUCACAUGCUCUUUUUCUCGUUCUUGUUUUAAUAUUGAGUUUAUGUGAUACUGUCUAUAUUUAAAGCAUUGAAAAGAUAUUUGAUUUAUUUAUUGAAAUGAAGAUUUAUAAUAUAUGUAUAUUUCAUGGUCAAUAAAUCAUAGAAAUAUAA